CCAACCAGAGCCCGGGACCGCGGACUGGGGCUUCUGGGUAAAGCAGUCGGUGCCACACCAGAGCGAUCCAUUUUGUUUCGCUCGUCCUGAUAGCUGAGCUCGGAUCCUGUUCGCAGCUUUUAGCUUUGACUAGCUGCAAAACAAGUUUUGCGUAUUAAUCGCAGUACUUGAUACCUAAAAUGGAAACUGAUCAGCAAGACAUCAAAUAUAACAGCCCAGAGACCAACGGUAGUAGUCUUAGCCCUGGUUCUUGCAAACGUCCUGCUGAGGACCAUGAUGGAGAGCAAGCCUUUAAGAGGUCUCGGAAUAAUGACCAGUGUGUGGAACUACGACUUCUGUUGCAGAGCAAGAAUGCUGGAGCAGUAAUUGGAAAAGGUGGCAAAAAUAUCAAGUCAUUGCGUACAGACUACAAUGCCAGUGUAUCAGUCCCAGACAGCAGUGGCCCCGAGCGCAUAUUGAGUAUAAAUGCAGAUAUUGAAACAAUUGGAGAUAUAUUAUCGAAGAUCAUCCCAACUUUGGAAGAGACCUUACAGUAUCAACACUAUAAAGGAAAGGAUUUUGACUGCGAACUAAGAAUGCUUGUUCACCAAAGCCAAGCUGGAAGCAUCAUUGGCGUCAAGGGAGUAAAGAUAAAGGAGCUGAGAGAGACAACACAGACAACUAUUAAACUGUUCCAGGAGUGUUGUCCUCAUUCAACAGAUAGAGUCGUUCUGCUUGGUGGUAAGCCAGACAGAGUGGUGGAGUGUAUCAAGAUUAUCCUGGGACUAUUGGCAGAGUCUCCCGUCAAAGGACGUGCACAGCCAUAUGAUCCAAAUUUCUACGAUGAAACCUAUGAUUAUGGUGGCUUUACAAUGAUGUUUGAUGACCGAGGAAGACGUCCAGUUCCCUUUCAGAUGCGUGGCAGGGGUGGGCCCCAUCCUCCCUCUCCUGGAUAUGAGCGCAGGGGUCCCAUGGGACUUGCAGGCAGAGGAGGCCGUCCAAUGCCCCCACCCAGAAGAGAUGCUUAUGAUGACAUGAGCCCACCGACACGUAGGGGCCCACCACCUCUGCCUCGUGCUGCAAGAGGUGGUAGAGGUGGUCGUAUUCUUCCUCCCCCACCUCCACCUAGAGGUGACCGUACUCUCUAUGGCAGGAACAGAAUGAAUGAUCGCUAUGAUGGAAUGGGUGGUUCUGGAUAUGGUAGCCGUGGUGGAUAUGGAGAUUUGGGAGGCCCGAUCAUUACUACACAAGUCACAAUCCCUAAAGAUCUGGCUGGUUCUAUAAUCGGUAAAGGAGGUCAAAGAAUUAAGCAAAUUCGUCAUGAGUCUGGAGCAUCUAUUAAGAUUGAUGAACCUCUUGAAGGCUCUGAGGAUCGCAUAAUCACCAUUACAGGCACACAGGACCAGAUCCAGAAUGCACAGUAUCUGCUGCAGAACAGUGUGAGGCAGUACUCUGGGGAGUUCUUGUAAAACAAAAAAGCGGAGAAGAUUGAAGGAAUACAUCACUGCUUUUUUGUCACUGCUUUUUGUUUGAAGAGCCAACAUUCCUGCUUACAUAGAUCACACUGGGAGCAUAGAUCAUAUUCUGCUUUUCAUCAUUUGUCAUGUUUUAAUUAGUGAACCUUAGCACAGCUUAGACAGUUUGAAUUUUCCAACAGUGACAGUGGAUUCUGGGUUUUAUGUUUUGUUCUGAAUGUUUCAGUGGUUUAUUGUAUUUUCCUGUAAUAUGGUAACAUUAAGAUGUACACUGUUUAUGGACAAUAGUACUGGUAGUUUAAAUGUGCCAGAUCCAUUCAGUAAAUGUGCAGAAUGCAAUCUUGUUUUGUAAGGAACAUUUUAUGGUUUUUAAAAUAAACUAGGUAAACUAAACUUGUGUAUUUUGCUUGAGGAUGAUUUGCUCCUCAUACUUUUGCUAGCUGGGAAGAUCAGUGAGCAAAAGUUGACUCAAGUUGCCAAUGCAACUGGAUGGAUCCCUCUCAGCCGUUUUUAUUUGGAAUGAUAGCUAGAAUUGCUUAUGCUCACAAGAAUUGUCUUCCACUGAUUGCUCUAAUAUUAAAUGUUAUCCUAGUUUGCUCAGAA